AGCAAAUAAAUAUAUACUGAAUCUAGGCAAAUAUUUCUCUUUAGUAGAAAUGUUUUUAAACAAAUAGAUGUUUAUUAAGCCUAUUUCUAGAAAUAAUCCUAUUCUUUUGACAGAUAAUCCCACCUCCAAGAAUUUAGUUCUAGAAAGAAGCAAAAUGCCAAUAGAAUAAAUUUUAUGCUUGAAAUGAGUAAAUAUGUCUAGAAACAGGCUUAAGUUUCUUUGUUAAUCUCAUCAUCUGCAUCAGAAAAUUUUGAAUUUAUUCAAGACAUUUUCAUAUGUGUGUGUGUAUAUAUAUAUAUAGGCUUGAGGUUAUUAGAGUCCUUAUAUGGAGUGUGUCUCCUUUCAAAAUAUAAUUGCUAAUCACUUCCUGAAGAUAACUAACUGCUUGUAAAGACAUUGUAAAGAGAACAAAACCAGGUUAUGUCCUAUUCCUAUAAUUCCAAUCUCUCUUUUCUGCUCAUAGCAUUUAUACGGCGGUGGAUCCUCUUUCUCGUGAUAUAUUAGUGGCAAGUGAUGGCACUGUGAGCUAUGGCAUACAGAUGUAUGUAACUGUGGCGUGUGAUAUGAAUCUCUUCGCCUAUCCCUUCAUCGAGGAUAUAUGCGAUGUGGCCAUCAAUGGAUGGAAUCAAAGCUCUUGUGGAGUGAAGCUCAAGUAUGGGAACAUAAUAACAGUUGGAGGUCAUCAAGGGGAAUGGCAAACUAAGCACGUGGAACUCUGCGGUGAACACACUAGCUACCUUCAAGUAACCAAACUGUUUUAUUCUAUUAACAGGUGGUCUAUGAGUUUGAAUAACUUAGUACAACUAGUGGCUUAAUCAAAUAAAUAAAUAAAGAAAACUAUUUGCGCAGGUCACUCUGUACCUCAACCCCUUUAAUGCAUUGGUGUCAUUGGUACUGCCCACUGCACUCAUCAUGGUGGUUGACCUGGUGAGCUUUGCUAUACCUCUGGAUGGUGAACGAAAUGCUUUCAAGAUCAAGUUGGUGUUCAGCUUCACCAUGUUCCUCCUUAUACUUUCCAAACAACUGCCUGAGGGUGGUCCCUGCAGCCCUCUGAUCUAUUAUCACUUUUGCUUCUGCCUGAUUGUGCUGGUUGUGAGUCUGCUGGUAUCCAUGAUGUUGUCUCAACUGGCUAGAACUGGUAGCAUAUGGCCUGGCAGGCCACGAAAGAGUGGAUCAGGCGGCUCCGUCGCUCAACAGGACGAUGCAGUUCAUCAAAAUGACACUGAAAUCAACAGCAUCAAAGCCAACUCUGUGGAUCUGAUAUCGGAUUAUACAUCUAUCCAGAAGAUUUCAAGCUUUGUGAAUAAUAUGGACAAGGAGUGUAUUUGA